GUGCAAUCGUAUUGUUGUGACGAGCGCAAAUGUGAAGUGAUUUUAAUAAUGUUCAAAUUUAAAUAUCUGUCCAUUUUGACUGGCACGCUUCUCAUAAUCGAAACAAAUCAGCUGCUAAUCGUUCCGAAAGUGCCCGCUUGUAAUGUAUUCUGUGGCAAUGGAUUUGAGAUUAAUUUCGAAACUUGUGGAUGUGUAGAAAAAACGAUGUUGAAUGAAAGUGAGCAGAGAGUACGAUCGGUGGACAGUGUGUCAGUUUCGAAAUUGAUAAGAGCUGAUGUGUUUGCGUCACGUCGAUGUGCUAAUGAUGAGCAUUGGAAUGGAAGUGCGUGUAUUGCGACAAUUAGUUUAUGUCCGGGAGGUUAUCAUUGGAACGGGCGUGCUUGCAUAAUCCAAUCGUCUAUACAAACAGCCGCAUUAGUGCCCUCUGCUCCGGACACAAAGUGUAAAUACGCAAAGAAACAAGAAAAGGAAGCAGAAGAAGCAGCAGCAUUAGUCGCAGCAAAUAUGCAACUACCGUCAACAGUUAUGCCCACAUUUUCGACGUCACCGAUGUGCCCGUUUGGAUUUAUUUGGUCGGGCAACGAAUGUGUACGGAAUCCACCAACUUGUCCGAGUGGAUACAUUUACCACGAAAAUAUGUGCCGUUUGAAUAGAAGAGUAGUUGAAACGACCACCGAACCAGUGACACAAGGAUCGCUUCCUUCGAGAGAAAAUGUUUUCAAUGGGAAUAAAUGGCAGCAAAAGCCGUUCGAAAGUACAGUGAACGUGAAAUCACCUUCCAGAUAUGAUUCUGUGAAGAGGCAGCAUACAAUUGAUGUAGUUGAUGAAACAGAGAUUUCACAAGAUCCAAAUGGUCAACCUUGUUGCUCUAUUAUGACCCCAAGAAUAUGUCGUCGAAUCUCAAGCAGAACAGGCGCAAAAUGGCAGUGUUACCACCAUAAAUACAGACGAUGUGGGGAAUUCUGUUCAAAGUCCACUAUUUAUCUGCGCCCAAAGCAGUUUUCGUUUAAUGAGCCGCUAUUGAUAAUGCCGCCACCCCCACCACGACUCAUGAAAUUGAUGCAAAAACAUGCCUAUAGAGAGACAAAUAUCGACUGUUCGGGCUGCAUAAAUGGAACAUACGGGUGCUCAAGUGGAUGCUUUGCUUACCAUUGCAAGCCCGAAGACUGCGAUUUCAUUGACGAAGAACUGUUUUGUGAGAAUAGCACGGCCGAUGAUGGAUCUUCUCAAGCAGAUGACUAUGAAAUUGAUACUAAUAAUGAUAUUUGCGCGUAUACUUCGGUGUCUUAAAAUAGAAAGAAAAUAUUCAUAUUUUGUAUUAGCGUUUAUUUAUACUGCAACACUCAAAAAUUGUACGCUGUCAAAUAACAAGAUUGUAUUCAUAUGUAAAAAGGUAAAAUGCCUGACUCAAAAUAACCAGAAAAAUAUUUUGAUUUCAUUGUUUUAGCAUGAAAAUGUGUCUUUCUUUUGAAACUUCACUUUUUCAGAGAAAACAAAAUUCAGUUAGAAUAAAUGCAGCAUGAAACAUUCAUAAUAUCGUCAAUUAAAAUGAAAAUUCAUCCAAAUAACAUUUUUUAUCAAAAAAUUCUUCUUGCUAGAAUUUAAAUUUCGCAGCGAUAGAAAAACGAAUGGACAUUUGAAAUGUUUUUUUCAUUCGUCAAAUGCGUUCAAUACCAAACACUUGUCUCUAAGCAAAAGAAUUUAUAGUUGUUCAAAUUCACAGUUGAUCGCAUUGGAAAAAGUGAUAAAUAAAUAAAUUGUCUGUCAAUUUUAAAAAUAAUUUCAUAUUUUGUUUACACACUAAAAGUAAAAUUGUAACCAACUUUGAAGAUUUUUUUUUGCUUGCAGUUUACUGUUUACAACAACCAUUCUCUUUGCUUAGUAGACGAUAUCCAGUGUCCACACAAUUGAGCCAACACCAUCUGUGGGACAAAAGUGUAACUAAAAGUGCUGAUAUAUUUUUCACAGCAUAUGCUUGCUUGAGUUAGCUUCUAGACCUUUGUUUGAAUGGAAAAUACCAUAAAAAUUAUUGGUUUUUAGAUGCAAUAUGGAUACAAUUCACGACCCUUGCAAUUUUUCUUUCUCAAUUCAAACAACGCCAUCUCCAAGACAAGAGAGUACAAAUGCCAAUUGCUAUAGACAUAGUUAAUAGUUAUACUUUUAUACUUCUAUCCCAAAUGGUACCAUUAUGUUCGUUCGUUUCCCAUUCGUAUGGAAAUUGAAAAAUUAUAAUGCAUUUUGAAUGGUAUAAGUAUAAUUUUCAUUAGAAAGAAUAUGUUUGGCAAUAUCGAAUUUAUGAGAAUACA